AGUGAUUCUCUCUACUAGUGAGUCUCUCUAUCAGUGAAGUGCAUGUAUCAGAGGGAGAGCCAGUGUCAGUCAGAAGUGUGAGCCUCUCUGUGUGAGGAGGAGGAGGAGCCGGGGAAGGGCCGGGCAGCUGCUCUCAGUGUGUCGGUCAGACAGUGUCUGUCUCCGGGCUGUUUGCUGCAGCAUGCGGGGGAGAGGGCUACGACCCCCCAUGUGAGCACUGGACGUCCUAUGGGAGGCUGACCCCUCGGGCUGGGCAGGCUGAUGCAGCCGACAAGGGCAAGGGUUGUGGAUAAAGCCCAAGCUGGAUGGAUGGGUAUGGGGAGAGGGGCAGGACCCAAAGCCCUGGGAUUCUUCAAAAUCCUCGCUGUCUUCUUGUGCACAUUCCAAACAGUGAGCUCAUCGUGCAGGAUUCUGAAGUGUAACUCUGAAUUCUGGUCUGCUACUUCCAACAACCAACAUCAGAACAGACCUGAAGACCCUGUGGAGUUCUGCACUGCACUGCGUACCUACGCUCAUUGCACCCGCCGUACUGCUCGCACUUGCAGGGGAGAUCUGGCUUAUCAUUCAGCCGUCCAUGGCAUUGAUGACCUCAUGAGCCAACACAACUGCUCAAAAGAUGGCCCAACCUCACAGCCACGUCUUCGCACCCCACCUCCAUGGGACAGCCAGGAGAGGUCAGAUAGUCCAGAGCUUUGCCAUUAUGAGAAGAAUUUUCACCGGCAUGCAGCACCUCCAAACUACACCCACUGCGGCUUGUUUGGAGACCCCCAUCUUAGGACUUUUACGGACACAUUCCAGACUUGCAAAAUACAAGGCGCAUGGCCUAUUGUAGACAAUAAUUACUUAAAUGUGCAAGUCACUAACACCCCAGUACACCCAGGUUCAUCUGCAACUGCUACAACCAAGCUCACAAUAAUCUUCAAGAACUUCCAGGAAUGUGUAGACCAGAAAGUUUACCAAGCUGAAAUGGAUGAGCUUCCUGCAGCUUUCAUAGAUGGUUCAAGAAAUGGUGGGGACAAGAGUGGAGCAAACAGUUUGAAAAUCAUUGAGAAAGUGGCUGGUCAGCAUAUCGAGAUACAAGCCAAGUACAUUGGAACCACCAUAGUAGUUCGACAGGUGGGCCGCUACCUUACCUUUGCUGUGCGGAUGCCAGAAGAAGUUGUGAAUGCUGUAGAUGACAAAGAUAAUCAGGGUCUUUACUUGUGUCUCCAUGGUUGCCCUCAAAAUCAACAGAUUGACUUUAGAACCUUUCAUUCUCAAACCCCUGAAACUGGUAUUAGAAAGCAUGGGGCUGGAUCUAAUGCUCCUUCAUUCACUCCUAAAAUGGCAGGAGCCAAGUGCAAAGAAAAACUUCCAGUAGAGGACCUUUACUUCAAGUCUUGUGUGUUUGAUCUUCUAACCACAGGAGACGUGAAUUUCACCUUAGCUGCUUAUUAUGCCUUUGAGGAUGUGAAAUUAUUACAUUCCAACAAGGACAAAAUCCACUUGUUUGAAAGGACCACUGACUUGGGACCAGGAAAUACAGCUUCUCAACAAGACAUGGUGUUUACGAAGAUACUAGUGGUUUUAAUGUGUUUGGUUCAGUGCAGUGCAGUGUUGCUGUGAUUUUUUUUUUAUGUUUACUGUGUAAAUCCUUGUGGGAUAAGAUGAGAUUAUGACUAUUGUAGAGGUGCAGUCCCAAUUGCCAAGAUGCAUUCGUUAAUUGCAAAGCACUCAAUGUAACAACUUCUACAUGAUCUACCGUAGUUUCAUAAUUUAUUUUCUAUAUUUAAUAGAUGGAUUUCUAUAUAUGAGAGUCUCUAACCAUACAUAUAUGGCAACAUGUUCUUGGAAUACUGACCUUGUUUAUAGAGUUUUAUACCCGUAGCUGUUUAUCUGGCCCCCAUUCCACACUAGAAGAAAAUAUAUGGAACUAAAUUGUUAGUCUUACGUUGAAUGGUUUGAUUCAGUUUAAGAGUAGUUGGAGUUAAUCCAGUAAAAUGUGGAUGCAACAAAACAAUGUAAAGAAAAUAGAUGUUUUUGAAUAUGAUCAUGCAUAUAUUUGACAUGAAACAAUUGUUACUAAUAUGUAGGUGCUUCACAAUUGUCACCAUUACCUAGAAUAGCUUAUAUGCAUCAAUACCUCAUUAACAGAACCAACAGUUUAUAGGCCCAUAGGGCCGGAAAACAGUCUCAUGGCAAACACGUGGUACUGCAGACAUCCGAAUGGCUGUGUACUUUGCAUUUGUGAACGUGGCUUUGUGUUUCUUAAUAAGCUGUUAUUGCAUGCACAGUUAGUGAUGCUCGCACAGUGGAAUACGCCGUAUCGGAAAUGGCCAGUAUAUCAAAGGGAAUGCAGAGGAGAUGUGAGUGGUUUUAAAUUUCCCAACUUCCACUUCUUUGCUGUUUGUUGCUACUCUAUUAUCUUUAUAGCCAAGAGAACGUACAGAACGUAAAUAAAGCUC